CCCGCAACAGAACAAAACAGGUCCUGAUACGCGCACAGCGCUCGCGCCGCCGCCGGCGGCCAGGGCGACGGCGGGCAUGGCGGGGACGAAGGCCCCGCCCCUGCUCAUGGGGCGGUACGAGCUGGGCAAACUGCUCGGCAGGGGCAGCUUCGCCAAGGUGCACCACGCGCGGAACGUGGAGACCGGCGAGGAGGUGGCCAUCAAGAUCAUGGACAAGGACCACCUCGCCCGCUCUGGCGGCGCCGCGCAGCGGCAGGUCAUGCGCGAGAUCGACAUCAUGCGCCGCGUGCGCCACCCCCACGUCGUGCGCAUCCACGAGGUGAUGGCCACCCGGCGGAGCAUCUUCGUCGUCAUGGAGUUCGUCGGCGGCGGCUCCCUCCACGCCUACCUCGCCCACCGCGCGGGCCGCGGCGUCGGCGAGGGCCCCGCGCGCCGCGUGUUCCAGCAGCUGGUGUCCGCGCUCGACUACUGCCACUCCCUCGGCGUGUACCACCGCGACAUCAAGCCCGACAACAUCCUCGUCGACGCCGCGGGCAACAUCAAGGUCGCCGACUUCGGGCUCUCCGCGCUCGCCGACACGGCGCGGCGGGAGGCGCCGCUCCACACCAUCUGCGGGACGCCCAUGUUCAUCGCGCCCGAGGUGUUCCUGCGCCGCGGCUACGACGGCGCCGGGGCCGACGUCUGGGCCUGCGGCGUCGUCCUCUUCGCCCUCGCCGCCGGCCGCUUCCCCUUCAACCACAAGGACACCAGCCUCUACCACAUGAUCCGCCGCUGCGACUACCACUGCCCGCCGUGGUUCAGCCCCGGCCUCGUCCGCCUCGUCCGCCGCCUCCUGUGCCCUGACCCGGCGCGACGGAUCGCCAUCCCGCAGAUCAAGGAGAACACGUGGUUCAAGAAGGGAUUCAAGGAGAUCCCGCGGAGCCUCGGCGAGCCCGAGCUGCGCGACUCCGACUCCGACUCAGACGACGACUCCACCGUAUCAAUGGCAUCGUCGGAGGAUUUGUCCUCCCCGGUGGCGCGCGCGCAGCAGUGUGGAUACGGCAGCGGCAUGCACACCUCGGUCUCGGCGCCAUCGCUGACCACGCUUGAGAGCACCGGCAGCGCCGCCGUCCAGGGCUCCCCGCGCAUAGGCCGGCCGAGGAGCCUGAACGCGUUCGACAUCAUCACGUCCUCGCCGAGCCUCAACCUGGCCGGGCUUUUCGACGAGCCGGGCGAGCAGAUGCGCUUCGUCUCCGCCGCGCCCGUGUCCAAGAUCAUCUCCAAGCUGGAGGAGAUCGCCGGACCGGUCAGCUUCACGGCGCGCACCAAGGAGUACCAGGUGAGCAUUGAGGGGGACGGCAACAGGGGCACGCUGCUCGUCUCCGCCAAGAUCUUCGAGCUCACGCCGGAGCUCGUCAUGGUCAAGGUGUGCAAGAAAGCCGGCGACACCGCCAGGUACCGGCAGUUCUGCAACAAUGAGCUCAAGCCCGGCCUGCGUGGCCUCGUGGACGGGUUGCCGGAGGAGGGAGGCGAGCCCAUCGCCUCCAACUGAUCCGGAUGAUCGGUGGAAUCCAGCAACAGGCGUGGCUCAUGUAUCUUUAAUUUUAUUUCAACAGUUUGAUAGUAUGUCGUUCUAGGAGUUUUGACAGUGUUAAUGCCUUAUUGGUGUAUCAUGCAACUGUUGUUGUGUUAGGUAGCUAAAUUCUAGGUAUAUCCCUUCUCAUCUAGGGUGUAUACACUUCUCGUCAUUGUGAGUUGCUUUUAAAUGUAAUCAUCUAUUGUUAGUGCACUACUUGUUCUUUUACUAAAGAUUGAUUUGGUGUCCCUA